UGGAAUCCUUUCCAUUCCAGGUGGCUGCGCAGGCUGCGCGGCACCCAAAACCUUCCGCCCUCAUGAGCUUCGUCACCUCGGUGCUGCCACCUGUGGAACGCGAUGUGCUCUCGCUGCUUGCUGGCAGGCGUAGGCUCUCUUCGCAUGACAUCCUGCGCCUCUCCGCCAUGCUGCAGCCUCUCCCGCUGCCAGAUGCACUGGCACAGCAGCCGUGUUCUCAAGAGCUGAGCAUAAGAAUCGGCCGAAUCAUUGCCGAGAGGAGGAGGUGCUGGAGGAUCGCGUACCAAAUGUAUAUUGACAUUGCAGAUGCGGCAUUGCACAAGUUUGCUCGUAAAACUGGGGCACGAUAUCGCCUUCAUACUAUCUAUGGCCAAAGCAUCGUGGAGGCUGGGGAUUGCUGCGGCAUGGACCGAUAUGUUCACAUCAAUUUCAUGGCCUGGCCAAAGGGUAAACAAACCCAAAGCCAGAUUCCAGUUUGCUUCUUUGCUGAAGCUCAUAAUCCAGCAACCAGAAACUGCUCUGAAGAAGACAUCACCUUCUGCUGCUUGCUUGGAUGCGCACAACCAUCACCAAGUCAUGUUGAUAAUUGUUAUGCCUGUGCGAGGAUCAAGAAAAAUUGACCAUCCAAAUGGUGAGGAGCACUUCGGAGGGCAUCCGCACAGGACAGAUGAAACUGAGGAUGACCGCGAUUGCCCAACCACCAUUGACGUGGACUACAGGUUUUUCGAUCCUGACAGAGACAUUGACCUUGUGAAGUGCUAUGCUGAUAAGAUAAAUCGUGCUGAAGCUAUUUAUUACAAGCUGGGCUUGAAAAACAGGAGCACAAAUGAUGAAGAUGUAGCCAGGGAAGAUAUCGAAGUUUAUUGCCGGCGAUACGUGUGAUGCGUAAACUAAGAUUAAUGGGGCACCACCAGGAGUUUCCAAACUAAAUUCAUGUUUAUAGAAAUGAUAACAACAUAAUUUGACAUUCAGUGAUGAGUAUUAAUCAAAGUGUGUAUAGAAGUGUGCCAUGUAUGAUGUCUGCACGUAUGGUGUUAUGUUCCUCAUUUGUAUUUAA